UCAGUCUCAUUCAGCAAUGAUAACAUAGAACGAGACACAGGCUGGAGUGGAUUAGAAGUUGAGCAGAGCAAAGCACAGCAGAACCAAAUCCACUGAUUUCAGAUCAGAGGGAAUUUCGUUUCUUAUGAACAAUCUCAGUUAAUCAGAGUGAAAUGGGCUUAACCCGUUGCACUUGCUCCCUGCAAUAUGCUCCCAAGCUCAUCCCUCCAUCAUUCCGCCACCAAACCACUCCCAAACCUAUCUUGCGAACAAUCUCCAACAACCAUGCAACAAUAUCAACCACUACAAUGGUGGUUAAAGCACGAGGAGGAGGAGCGGCAGAGACCGAAACUGCAGUGAUUGAGAAGUCUAAGGUAAUAAAGAGAUUUCAGGUGUCGCAGGGCCAUCCCGCUCCAUUCGGUGCCACUCUUCGAGACGGUGGCGUCAAUUUUGCGAUAUAUUCGGCCAAUGCCGUUUCCGCCUCUCUCUGCUUCAUUAUUCUCUCGGAUUUGCACCAGAAUAGAGUUACAGAGCAGAUAUCUCUUGAUCCAUUGACUAAUAAGACUGGAGAUGUCUGGCAUGUAUUUUUGAGAGGAGAUUUCAAAGAUAUGCUAUAUGGCUACAUAUUUGACGGCGAGUUUUCUCCUGAAAAAGGUCAUUACUAUGAUUCUUCCAGGAUACUAUUGGAUCCAUAUGCAAAGGCAGUUAUAAGCAGAGGGGAGUUUGGGGCUUUAGGGCCUGAAGACAAUUGUUGGCCCCAAAUGGCCUGCAUGGUUCCUACUUCUGAAGCUCAGUUUGACUGGGAAGGUGAUUUACCUCUGAGGUAUCCACAAAGAGAUCUCAUAGUGUAUGAAAUGCAUGUCCGUGGAUUUACAAGGCAUGAAUCUAGCAGGACAGAAUUUCCUGGCACUUACCGUGCUGUGGUGGAGAAGCUUGAUCACUUGAAGGAAUUGGGGGUCAACUGCAUAGAGUUAAUGCCAUGUCAUGAAUUCAAUGAGUUGGAGCACUAUAGCUACAAUUCUGUCUUGGGUGACUAUAAGUUGAACUUUUGGGGAUAUUCAACAGUCAAUUACUUUUCUCCCAUGAUAAGAUAUUCAUCUGCUGGUAUUGAUAACUAUGGUCGUGAUGCAAUCAAUGAAUUCAAACAUCUUGUUAAAGAAGCACAUAAACGAGGAAUUGAGGUUUUCAUGGAUGUUGUUUUCAAUCACACAGCUGAAGGCAAUGAGAAAGGUCCUAUUUUGUCUUUUAGAGGUGUUGAUAACAGUGUCUAUUACAUGCUGGCACCUAAGGGAGAGUACUAUAAUUAUUCAGGUUGUGGAAAUACACUCAAUUGUAACCAUCCUGUGGUGCGUCAAUUUAUCUUAGACUGCUUAAGAUAUUGGGUAACAGAAAUGCAUGUGGAUGGCUUUCGCUUUGAUCUUGCUUCAAUUAUGACCAGGAGUAGCAGUCUCUGGGAUUCGGUUAAUGUAUAUGGAAAUACUUUAGAAGGUGACUUGAUAACAACCGGCACUCCUCUCAGCAGUCCCCCAUUGAUUGACAUGUUGAGUAAUGAUCCUGUACUUCGCGGGGUGAAGCUUAUAGCUGAAGCAUGGGAUACAGGUGGCCUGUAUCAAGUUGGCACAUUUCCUCACUGGGGUAUUUGGUCAGAAUGGAAUGGGAAGUAUCGUGAUAUUGUACGUCAGUUCAUCAAGGGUACAGAUGGAUUUUCUGGAGCUUUUGCUGAAUGCCUUUGUGGCAGCCCUAACUUAUAUCAGGAAGGAGGAAGGAAACCAUGGAACAGUGUCAACUUUGUAUGUGCACAUGAUGGUUUUACUUUGGCAGAUCUAGUUACCUAUAACAACAAACACAACUUAGCAAAUGGGGAAGACAACAAUGAUGGAGAAAGUCAUAACAAUAGCUGGAACUGUGGACAGGAGGGUGAGUUUGCAAGUAUUUCUGUGAAGAAACUGAGGAAACGCCAAAUGCGGAAUUUCUUCCUCUGCCUUAUGGUUUCCCAAGGUGUACCAAUGAUUUGCAUGGGUGACGAAUAUGGUCAUACAAAAGGAGGAAACAACAAUACAUACUGCCAUGAUAAUAAUAUUAACUACUUCCGGUGGGAUAAAAAGGAAGAGUCUUCAUCAGACUUCUUCAGGUUCUGCUGUCUCAUGACAAAGUUCCGCCAUGAAUGUGAGUCACUUGGCUUAAAUGACUUCCCAACAGCAGAGAGGCUGCAGUGGCAUGGUCACAAUCCUGGAAUGCCAGAUUGGUCUGAUGCGAGCCGUUUUGUGGCUUUUACAAUGAUUGAUUCUGUGAAGGGAGAAAUCUAUGUUGCUUUUAAUACCAGUCAUUUACCUGUCACGAUUACAUUGCCAGAGCGUCCAGGAUAUAGAUGGGAGCCAUUGGUGGACACCAGUAAGCCUGUACCAUUUGAUUUUCUGUCCAGUGAACUCCCAGAAAGAGAUAUUGCCAUCAAACAAUAUGCUCAAUUCCUUGAUGCCAAUCUAUAUCCAAUGCUCAGUUAUUCUUCAAUUAUUCUGUUACUUUCACUAGAUGAAAAUGCUUAGUCUAAGAUAUGUACAUAUGCACAAGGCCUGAAACCUUAGUGUCCUACCAAGAUUUUCAAGCCAAUCCCUUCUUGUCCGCCCGAGAUGUAAAAUUAAAGGGUUAUAAAUAGAUGGAUGACAUGCUUAUUGUAUAUUCAAUCUAUGCAGCAAACCAUUUAAAUGAAAUUAUUAUCAGAUUUGUACAUUAUAGUCCUAAAGCCUGCAGCAAAUAACAGCUCUUGUUUGCUGAAGAUAUUUUUAUGGUACAUGUUUGGGCAGAAGAAAACUUUGUUACAAUUGUCUUGUGAAUAUGUUUGGUAAGAUUGCAAGAUUGCGUGACUCAGUAAUAGUAAUUCUUGAGAUUGAAAUCACUAUCGCAUCAAGCAAAAACCAUUGAAACUCCUUUCUUCCAUUUGGUCAAAAUACGAUUACAUAUUCUGCCAAACCGUGAAUUUCUUGUUGCAAAGUAAUCUGUUUAUGAAUCUCAUUCUUCCAUUUGGUCAAAAUAUGUAGGUGGUUUUAAUUUGGUUUGUAUAAUUAUUCUUAUAAGAUAUUAUUUAGUAGAUUAUAAUUUUAAAUGUAGAAAAUAUAUAUACGCAAGUGCUAGUCUCUUUCACAGGAAUCCGUUUAUUGUAGUUACUACCCCUUUCUCUUUAUUUCUCUAUUUAUUUCUCGAAUAAUUAAGCAAACACUGUAAUUAGCAGAAGGGGUAGAAGGGUAACUGGCAAUGGAGGACUAACAUAGUGAUAUGGCCCGGUCACUGUGGGCAAUUCACAAAUCGAGAUCUUCUAGUCAACACAAACGGCCGUCAACGCCCUCUGCCAUAUGUUCUCAACGGUCUGACUUACAUGAUUUUGCAUUUUGUCUACAACAACUUUGGGUAGAAUAUCUACAAUACACACCAUACAUUCGGUAUUAAAUUAGUUAU